CACUGCUGGCAAUGGCAGGCUCUUGUCUGUCAUCUGGUGGCAGUUGGGUCAGUAGCAGCUUUACUUGCAGACAGGGAACAAGGUGUGUUUAAUGUGACGAGCAUGGCCGGGGCUUGUGAGAAAAGGCAGCAGAGAGGUUCUGGCGAGCGGAGUGGGACCCAGCCUCAGUUCAUCAGUGGCUCCAGUAAUGGAUCCACCACUAAAAGCACCACCAUCCGCCUUCGGGACAUUUAUGAUCCCAAGCCUCAGCCUCCCAAAGCCCCAGUCCGGAUCCGCCCCCCAGGUCCCAGAGCUCCCCCAGUGAAGGAACUCAGCUUAAAGCACAGCUUGUCGAGUGAUCCUCCAACCAAGGCGAUCAUGAGGAGACGCGCUCAGUCUCUUCCUUCAUCAGCAGAGAGGAAGAAGGAACUUAGGAGCCUGCAGGUUCGCUUCGUGGACUCACUGGGCCUCGAGUUAGAGGAAGUUAAAGUCUUCAAGGUUCAAGAGCACCCCCUGAUACCCCACCAUGUCAUGUUCAGACUGCUGAUGAGCUCUGAACUGGCAUAUGGGAAGUCAUUGGAGCUGUCCCUGCCUUACUUUAAACCAUGUUUCCCUGAGAAUAUGGGAGCUCAGCCAGACUUCCUGAAGCGUCUCUGCACUCAGAGUGUGUGUCUGGAGCAGGUCCUGUGUUCAGAGCAGGGGAUAACAGGCACCAUACAAGUGCUUAAUUUAGCCUAUGAGAAAGAGGUCACAGUGCACUACUCUUUCACCAACUGGAGAACACUCACACAAACAACAGCAUCCUGGGUAUCAAGCGGGUACCGUGCCGAGUGUGAAGCUCCAGAGACAGAUGUCUUCAGAUUUCGUUUGCCUGUCCCACCCUUCAUUUUGGAGCCAGGAGCCAUUUUAGAGUUUGCCAUCUGCUACCAUGUAAAAGGAUCUACUUACUGGGACAACAACAAUGGACACAAUUACAAACUGUCGUGCCACAGCUACAAGGUGACUGUGCCGAGGGAGUGUGAGGACAGCAUGCUGCAUUUUACCUGAGUGUCCACACGGGGGAGCUGGAACACCUGCACAACAGGAACUGUUACUUAGUUUUCUUUUUACUUAACAAGUGAUGGAAUGUAACUAAAUACAUUUACUCACUGCUUUGUCUGACAGCU